UAUAAAAUCCCUCUCCACGCCGGGAUUUUCUCACUGCCUCUCCCGACUCCUUCUCUCCGCCUCUCUGAGCUGUCCCCCGGCGAUGGCUUCCACCCAGCUGUCCUGUGCCACCCCCUGCGAGCCCAAGUGUCCCCAGCCUCUGGCCAGCAGCACCAACGAGCCCUGCGUGGUGACCUGUGGCGACUCGCGGGUCAUCAUCUACCCCCCGCCCGUGGUGGUCACCUUCCCGGGGCCCAUCCUCACCACGUACCCGCAGCAAACCGUGGUGGGAGCCUCGGAGCCCUCGGAGGUGGCCCUGGGCGAGUCCCCGGCAGCUCUGCCCGCCGAGGUCACCGCCAGGCUGGAGGCGGCGGGGGACAAAGUGGCAGCGCCGGUGCUGGCCCGUCCCGAGCCGCGCUGCGCCCCCAAAUAUUCCUACACCUACUCCUCGCAAUGGACACAUCCCUGCAAUUCCUACCGCUCCGGGAAGCGCUGGACGUACUGAGCCUGGCGGGGGAAAUUCCAGAUGUCAUUCCAGAUGUUAUUCCAGCUGUCGUUUGGGGUUGGAGCUGCGGGGCUGCUCCGGCUCCUCCUGAGAGGAGCCCCCGGGAGAGGCAGGCUCGUGUCGCAAUUCCUCGCGGGUUUUUUCCCCCUUAGUUUAGAGCUGUUCUCCCGCAGUUUUCCAGCGCAGACAUCUGCUUCAUCGUGCUUUGGCUUAUCCCGGAUUUUUUACUGGCGCUGAGCUUAGAGAGGCGACUUAAAACGCUCGGAAUUGCACACGGCAAGGCUGCCAGAGAGGGAAAUUCCCCGUUUGUACAUCCAGCCUCGCCUGGAUGAGGGCGAUUUUCCAGAGCCUCGCUGAACGAUGCUUUUUGUACCCUGUACAGUUUUGUUCCACGAUUGUAGGAAAGCUUCUCUUUCCAAAUAAAUGUUCAGUACCAAAAUA